AAGAUCCGGAUCCGGAUAGUUGACUAGUGUGAGGUCAUAGGCCUCCCAAUAUUUAUUCUAUUCAACAUAUGCAUUCGAAUUAAGAAAAUAUUCAAAAUUCCUCAGUGUAAUCAUGGACGAUAUUGAACUGAGGAACAUUGAGCCAGAUCAACCACUGAUUCGGACCUUGUUUCGUGCUGACUCCUUGAACCUUCAGGAUGACUACAUUGAUACUGAAUAUGGAACAAUUACAGUUUCUGUUCAAGGUGAUAGAAACAAACCACCAAUCCUGACAUUCCAUGACAUUGGACUUAAUCAUGUGUCAAACUUUCAAGCAUUCUUCAAUUAUAUUGACACUCGUAUAUUAAUGGAAAGCUUUGCUGUUUAUCAUGUGAAUGCUCCUGGACAAGCUGAGGGGGCUCCAAACUUACCUGAAAAUUUCAUUUACCCAACAAUGGAUCAGUUGGCUGAAACACUAGUUCCUGUCAUGAAGUUUUAUAGCUUAAAGCAUUUUAUUGGAUUUGGAGUUGGUGCUGGUGCAAAUAUUUUGGCACGUUUUGCUCUAGAACAUCCGGAUUGUGUUGAUGGUCUUUUUCUUAUAAAUCCUACUUGCACAGUAUCAGGUUGGACUGAAUGGGGUUAUCAGAAAUUGAACGUUAUGCAUCUGAAAUCAUCCGGAAUGACUGCGUCCACUCUAGAUUAUAUGAUGUGGCACCAUUUUGGAAGGCAAUAUGAAGAAAGAAGUCAUGAUCUAGUUCAAGUGUACAAGCAAUACUUUCAGACAACUGUGAACCCCUACAACCUUUCUCUCAUCAUUGAAUCUUUUGUUCAACGGACAGAUCUGGGCAUCAUGAGAGAAAUGGAUCCAGCCAGAAAGAAAACGGCAAAAAAUUUUAAAUGUCAUGUUUUGCUUCUUGCUGGAGACAUGUCGCCACAUUUAGAAGAUUCUGUAACAAUGAACAGUCGACUUGAUCCUACAAAUUCUACAUGGAUGAAGCUCUCUGGAUGUGGCAUGGUAUUAGAAGAGGAACCAGGCAAAGUUAGUGAAGCAUUGAAAUAUUUUUUGCAAGGUCUUGGCUAUGCUCUUAAUCGAUAUCGUCGUAAAUCUUCUGCUGCCUCGUCAAUCAGUUAUGAAGGUAAUAUCAUGAACCUUGAAAAAAUUGCCUGUUGAAAAAAAUUGCUUCUUUGUUCAGGGACAAGUUCUAGAAUUUCGAUAACAAGAAACAUGAACGCAAGCAACUCAGAUGAAAAAUUAGAAGUGCACAUAGUGGAAAACCCUAUCAAUGUUCUUGAACUGCCUUGUUGAUUGUUGUCAAAGCUAAGAAACUUUAUUUCAGACAGGAUUUCGGCAAUACUUUGCGGACGAAUUGUUCUUACCUAAUUACUAAUAUUUGGACAAAGAACUUUCAGCGACGGAGGAAUAACCCAAUUAUGCAUGGGCAUCAUAGUAUAUGGAAAUAUGAAAACACUCCUUACUAAUAUUUUGUCAGUAAAAGAAACAGUCUCUCAAUGUUUUCUCAAAGAAGAAAACAACUAUUUGAGAGGAAACAAUUUUCGGCUGAAAAAAAUUACAAAAUAUAUUGCAUACAGGUGUUUUGAGGUUAUUAAAAACCCUUUUUUCAGUGAGAAAAUCUUUGAGCUUCGAAACUCACUUAAGCUCUCUUGUGACAGCCGCUUACAUACGAUUGAAGCUCAAAACUUUUCUCGCUGAAAACUUCCGUGUGAUUCUGAAACAUAUAGUUUUCCAAUUGCAGCAUCAUAACAUUAUUCUCUCUCAUGUAGUUUUCGCACAAAGAUAAGCAUUUAUUACUCGUAGAGUAGCAUUUAUUUUAAUUAGUAUUUCCCCCAGACAUAUUUAGGUGCCUCAAGAUAAAAGAGCACUUUAAUUUAAAGCUGUCCCUUUUAAGUUAAUGUUCGUUUCUCCCAACCCACCCUUUUUCGCAUUUCUCAACUUGUCCUUGUCUACUUUUGAAGUUUUAUUUAACUUCUUGGCAAAAGCAAUUUUUUUUUUUGAAAGACCCAAGUUUCAUGAAAGCCUGGCAUUGAAAUGCAACUCCCAUGUUUCCCUUAAUAAUUUGAUUUGAAUAGAAAUUUGAAUUUUUAUUUUUAUCUUUUAAAAUUAAACAUUAAUAAUAUAAAUUGAAAAAAUAAGUAGAAUGGUGUACUUAUUAAGAAAUAUAAUUUCCAUUUUGAGUUUUGCAUGCUUAUAAUAUACAAAAAAGCUCCGUUUCUAAAAUAAAAUUUCUUAUAAAAAGUGCCCUUUUAAUGGCAUUAAAGUGCCCUUUUAUCUGGAAGCACCGUGCUUCUUUUUUGGUCUGGGAGAUGUGCUAUUAAUUAUAGAUAGGAAUACAGACACUUUGUACCAAGUUACAACAUAUGCAGUAGUACCUUAAAGUGGUUGGAACCAGACCCGCUUCUGGGAUUCGAAAACUUAGAAUAAAAGCAGAGACUUAAAAAAUGCUCAUCAGAAGGGCCCAGAAACGUAUGUUAAACUGUGGAUUUUAACAUACACACACGUACAAAAUAAUUACUAAGUGUGGUGUUUAAAUUACAUAUUACUUUAAUUAUAAAUAAUAUAUAUGCUCAAAAAAAUGUUACACCAAUCACAAAAUGCAAUGUAAAUUUAAUAAGACAUAUUUAUAUGUACUUCAUGAAUUGAAUAAACUUUAUUGUAUUAGUAAUGAUAGUUAAUUUUGAACAUUAGUAUGUAGUUGAAAAAAAAAAACUUCAUUAAGCAGAACUUUACUUCCUCAUUCAAUGGUUUUCGAAUUUAAUUGCCAGGGUUCGCCAAUAUAUAUCAGUCAAUAUAUAUCAUGAUAUAUAUCACGAUAUUUAUCCAAUAUUUAUUUUGAAAGUAUCAUAUUUUGAUAUUUUCGAUAUUUAUUUUUAAACAAUGGUAUUUUCAGUAUAAAAAUUAUAUUAAUCAUAGUAAUAAUUGUUUCUUUAUUUUUGAAAAUAACCAAAAAGUUAGUACUUUAUUUUUAUGAUGUAUUAAUACAUCAUUAUUGUAACAAAGUAAUAUAGUAUUACUUUUUUAUUUUAUAUUCAUAAAAUUAUUAGUAUUGUAACAAUGUCAUCAGAUUAAAAGUGCCUAAUUUAAUAUUAAACGUUGGUCAGAAAAAGAAAAUGUCUCAUGACUACACCAACUAACACAUAUUUUUUAUUUCUGUAUCAUAUAACUGUGUAAAACUAGUUAAGAGAAGAAAAAUGAGCAAAACAGCUGAUGCUAAAUUAAUUCCAUUAAAAUUUAUUAAAAUGUGAGAUGAAAUGUUACAGAUAUAAAUAACAAAAGAAACCUUAAUUUUAAGUCUACAUAUCCUAAUAACAAUAUAAGAAAAUGAAGCGUAAUUUGAGGAUGCAUUUACUAUUUUGAAGACUUGAGUUUGUGCUGAUUGAAAAUAUUGGAUAUAUAUCAAAAUAUCCUAUAUGUAUCAAAAUAUCGGACAUUUUCGAUAUUUUCAAAAAUAUCAUGAUAUUUUCGAACCCUGUUAAUAACAUUUCAAAAGCUAUUAAUUUACAAUGUUCCAAAAAUGUACUGGUGGGUGUGGGAAGGAAAAACAAAACAAAUAUGACUGGACUGGGUAGGAAUAACUCUGUAUCUGCAUCAUUAUUUGGUGUCCGUGGUGAAAUUAAAAUAUCAUUUUAUUUACUUGUCACUUGGAAAAGAAACAAAAAUAAAUAAAUAAAAGGAAUUUAAAAAAAAGAAACAAUUAAACUGAUUUUGGUUAAAAGACGUUCUACUGCUUAUAUUGAAACAAUUAUUUAUUUUUAAUAGACUAUGGUUUGUUCUCUUCAAAUUUAAUCUAUGUCUCGGAGCAAAAUAUGGGCCCAUUGAGCCCAAACUUUCAAUAAAUCUCCACUGAUUACUAAUUACGUUGUUGGAAAUGCCCAAAAACUACAAAUUAUGAAAUAUUUCUUUGAGUAAAUGUUGUUGGCUGCAAUGAAGACUUUCCAAACAAUCCUAAGACUAAUAAAUGCCUGUCAUUUCCUUUGCCCUGUUGAUUUCCUUUGUGUUUGAAAGAUGCUUGCUGAUUUCAAACUUUAUGCCUUUUGAUUUAUGUAUGUGCAUAAUAUGUGAAUGCUUAUGGUAUUUCAACUUAAAAUUCUAUAUUUUCUCAUAAAACGUUUCAAAAAUUUAGCAUUUUACCUCAUUCAUGACUGAAGAAAAUUCCUAUGUAAAUAUUACUAUUUUUUUGAAGGGCAACAUGCUUAGAAUAUUAGGUUUUAAAAGAUGUUAAGGCAGGGGCGCCUUGAUGGGAGGUCACUGUGACUUCCCAAAAGUUUUCUUAUUUGGCAAAUUUGGAGACAGCAUUGCCAAAUUGCUGUUAAAAAAAACAAUGUUGCAUACUUAUAUUUUAUCAUUUGUCGAACUCGGAGCUUUAUUCGUCAAAUUGAAACUUUUCCCCAAAAAGUUAAGUUUGGGGUGCCCCUGUGUUAAGGGUAAUAAAUUGACACAAACCUUUUAGGGAUGUUUUGAAUUUAUUUUAAAUGAAUGGCAUUUAUUGAUAAUUAACAGUAAAGCUGUUUUUAAAUUCAUGCCAGUUAAAAUUAGUUUAAAUGAAAUUCCGACAUUGGCAUGGCGAAAACAAGUUUCUGCUGGCAGAAAAACCACCCAUGCUACUAACUGAUAGUAAAUUUGUGAGCAUUUUGCACGAGUAUUGCUUUUGUCACAUCUACAGUUGGAGCAAAGCUAACCUGUCAGCAUUGUGAAGGCUAUGCAGACCCUAAGCACACCAUUACGAAUGCUACCAGGUUAGGUUUGCACCAACUAUAAUAACUGAAUCAUAUAUAUUUUGCAGUAUGUUAUGAAAGGGUUUGGACACAAUUUGCCUUUCCAAUAUGUAUAAGCAGUGCUAACUUGGUUUUAGCCUUUUUAAAGAAUACUCAUGAAAUGUUUAGAAAUACAAGUGCAUUUAAAUAUUUUCUAGCUAUAACAAGCUUGCCUAAGUUAGUGCAUAAUAGUAAAAUUUCCUUGCAUCCAUAGAUUUUAGAUAAGUAAAUUUUUCAUAAAAAUUUCAUUCGAUGUUUUGAAUAUCAGUGUUAAUUUUCCUGCAUAAGCUUUUCUUCAUGCCUAUAUAAUCAAGUUAAAAUAUAGAUUUCUAUGUCAUCUAGAAAUUUCUAGGCGAUUAUAUUUUUUAAAUAGGCUUUUUUAGGACUGAGAAUAAGGAAAUGUAUUUAAAAAGAAGUUUUUUUUUUUCUUAUCUUUAACAAGUACAGAAGAAAUGCACAAAUGUUUAUCGCCCAAAUUGUCAUUUUUCAGUUAAAAACAAUCAAAGUGAAAUUUAUCCUAUUUACCAAAAAGUAUCAUUUUUUUCGUCCAUAUCAUUCAUCUUAUGUGGAGUUUUAAUUGUGAUUCAAAUGAAAUGGUGCAUUUUUAAUUUGUUUAAUGAUUUUAACUUUUAUUUAGAGUAUAUGGUUUGCAUUUCUGUAUUUUAUUUUCUACAUUGUUUGGUUUUGUACAAAGCUUAAAAGCAUUUACUUUUCUGUUAUCUGUUCUGCAGAAGAAUUAAUAAAAAUGUUUUUCUUA